GAAGCAUACUCAGACAAGGCACAGGAUGGAAAACUCAUGAUGAAUUGUUAGGGCAUGUUGUGUUGGUUCUGUCAAUGCCUGCAGUCAGAUGAUUUCACUGGCUGUACAGGAUGAAAUCUCAUAUUUCAAUGUAUAAGUAAAAGUGUCAAAGUUCAGCUGAAGCAGGGACGAUUACAGAGCAAAUUUUGUGUGUAUUUGUAACUAGGGCACCAGAGCAAUAGAGGAAGCCAAAAUGAGCCGGAAAAGCAAAAGGAGUUUAAAGGAGAAAUUUGCCUUGAAGAACAGCUUGGUUAAAGAAGCCCUUUCAGAAUUCCUGGGAACUUUUAUAUUGAUACAGCGUGGUUACUGCAAACAAACACUGCACACCCUUGAAUGAAUUGCUUCUAUUUAUGGCGCUUGGAUGUGGGUGUGUGGCGCAGGCCGUCCUUAGCCGAGGAGCACAUGGCGGGCCCAUGACCAUCUCUGUUGGAUUUGCAAUGGCAGUCACCAUAGCAGUGUAUGUGUCUGGGGGGGUUUCUGGUGGUCACAUAAACCCAGCCGUUUCAUUAGCCAUGUGCGUGACUGGAAGAUUAAAAUGGACCAAAUUACCAAUUUACAUAUUAGCACAACUCCUGGGAGCAUUUGUUGGAGCAGCAGCUGUCUUUGGGAUUUAUUACGAUGCCUUUAUGGAGUAUAGCAACGGAACACUUGAAGUCACAGGACCUAAUGCCACAGCACAUAUCUUUGCAACAUAUCCAGCUCCAUAUCUAUCCCUCAUAAAUGGAUUUGCAGAUCAGGUGAUGUCAACAGCUGUUCUUCUUCUGGCUAUAUUUGCUAUUUUUGACACCAGAAAUAACAGAGUACCAAAGGGCCUGGAGCCGAUUGCAGUUGGACUUCUUAUAAUCGUUCUUACUUGCUCCCUGGGAAUGAACAGUGGCUGUGCCAUGAACCCAGCCAGGGACCUCGGCCCAAGGCUCUUCACAGCCAUUGCAGGAUGGGGAAUGGAAGUAUUCACGGCUGGAAAUAAUUGGUGGUGGGUCCCUGUAGUUGCACCUAUGCUGGGAGGAGUACUUGGAGCUAUUACCUAUAUCAUUUUUAUUGAAGUUCAUCACUCAGACACUCAUCCAGGAGAAGAAAAUGAUGUAUACGAUAAAUACGAAUUGACAAACAUGUAGUAAGAAAUGAAGAAUUUUCUUUCUCAUUUUGUUGUAUCGUUUUUUAUGCAAAUGAUUGUUUGGACCAUUUUAUAAAACCCAUAUUCCUCAAUUAGAUAUUCACAUUUCAAAACAGAAAAUUUGUGUAGAAAACAAGUUCAAAACUGACCUCUUUUCAUGAAACAUAGGGCCGAUCACAUUCAAAUCGAAUAAUUAAAUUAUGAAGGGAGGAAUAAAUUGCUGUGUCUUUCAUACAGUUUUCAGAUCCAGUUAUCUCCUAGAUGAAAUUGUAGUGAGAUGAUACACUGACCUGUUAAUUCAACACAGAUGAUCUUAAUCAUGCUGCCUAAUUAUCUGAAAAUAGAUUAGAUUGUUAUGAAACUACAUACGAAGGUAGUUAAUUGGUUCAGUGCUGAAUUAAUGAAUUAAGAACACAUCUCACUUCUCGUAGCCAUUAUUUAAGAAUGCCUUGUCUGAAAAUAAAAAAGCAAUGCCUGAAUUGCCUAAACAUCAAUCAAAGUAGUUUUACUAAAUCUUUAUGCAGCCACUGGUUGAACAGUGAGGAGUCAGCUCAUCAGUGAUGAGGUUUAGUAAUUCAAAAUAUGAACAUGAAAGAUAAAAAAAAAAAAAAUAGUGUUACAAACUAACCUAGAAUAUUAGUCUGAAUCUCUCCUGCUGUGCUUUCUGGGUAAGUUCCAUUCCUGUGGAGAUGGGCCAGCAACAGAGGGUUGUGCUGUGCAUAAGUUAGCACAUGGCCUGUGUCUGUACAAGCUUUUAAGAGGCCCUCUGCUGCUGCUAAUCUACGUGGGGGAAUUUCAUUUUCUGGGAGUAAUUUUUAUUUUGGUAGCAGUAAUUAAAAUUAGAAACUGGUCUCAGACCUACUCCUAGAUCUGAAUUCCUCAUCCAAUGUCAGCUCCACAUUAGAUUUCUGAAGCAUGGGUGCUCUCUGGCUAAACAGAAGUGGUUGGGCAUAUGCUGCUUCCUAAAUACUUAGCUGAUGCUAUUUCAGGACUGUGGUCAAGCUUCGACUUUGAAAAAUGUAAUUAUUUCUGCUUAAUCAUUGUGAAUUGAAUGUAUCCAGUAAUUCAAAGUUCCUUUCUAAUAUACAUACGUACAUAUAUACAUGUGUGUGGUUGGUGGUGGUGAUCAAGACAUCCUAUUCUAUGAUGCUCUUGAGCUAUUUUCAAAGCAAAACUUCAAGGUAACUCUUCAAUGCACUCAUUUUAGGGUCCUAUUCCCUUUGGAUUCCUACAGUUCUGCUCCCUAGAAUUCCACAGUUUUCUGAUCUCACUCCUGAAGGAAGGAACCCUUUUUGUUGUCAGUAACAGCCUGUGCAUUUCAGUGAGGUACCCACAGAAGUGAUUUGGAAGAAUACUGUUGUCAGAAUCAGCCGUAGCAUUUGGGCAGGUCAGGCCUGCGUUGCUGUGUGUCUUUGUCACGCUCCCUGGUGUGCCACACUGAAUUCAUGGCUGCAGAGGGAUAGAAUUAGCAGGUCAGGCAAAGCUUUGCUUGCUGCAGCUAGGUCAGGUGAUGCUGUAUACUUGAGGGAGUAUAAUUUCCAUUUUAAUGAUGUUUUUGAAGAAAACUUGCAGAACUCUAAUGAAUGUAGGUUUCCCAGACACUGUACCAACCUUGUGCAAAAUGCUGAUUUGAUUUACCCUUUCUCUGACAUGGAUUAAAAAUUUAUAUAGCUAUACAAUGCAGCUGAAUACGCAGGGGUAGGAUUACUUGGAGAGCCACACCAACAAAAGGGGAAAGUCCACAAAAUCAGUCCUCUAUUUCAGAUCACACCAGAGAAUCAAGACAAUGUCGCAGUUAUUCAUAACCGUAGACUUUAUAUUGACAGCACAGACAAGCAGGUUCAUCUCUCCUGUAUACACUGCACUACGUAAAACCAAUUGGUGUGUAAAAGUGAUUCACACCUUUUCUGUUGUAGACUGAACCUCCUUUUACGCCCCCUUGCAGAAGGCACUCUUGUGUGUUGGUGGUGUCUGACAGUAGCUGCCCUAGGUGACUGCCAGCCACCUGUGUCUGAGCAGAGUUUAUGAAGGCAGGAACAGCCAGAGGCUGCCCUGGAUCUGAAAGGCCCUUGCUCUUCCACUAAUACCAACACCUAACAUGAAAUAUCUGUGCAUGAAAAUAAAAAGCGACAAAUAGCCAAUUAACCAGAAGAAACUGCCGACGUUGUUUUUUUAUCCAAAAUGGUAGAGGCAGGUUUUAUCACUUACUGUGCGAGAAUUUUGCAGAGUCAGUAGGCUUCACAUGCCUCACUGUAUUGCUUCCUUUAAUGCACCAUGGAAAACACAGGGAAAAGCACAGUACAGGCCAGGAAUGAGAAAGGGACAGUUUGUUUGUACAACGUACCGAGUGACCAGCCCACACUUGCUGUGUGGCUGUUGGCCGAGGUAUAUAAGGUCUACAUUUUCUCGAAGUCCUUCUGACUAGAACAGGUUCUGCCUGUAAAUCAACAUGAAAUCUUGUUUCUCCUACGUAGGCCAUUCCUAUGCUGCAAAUUACUGUAUAAAUUACAUCUACUUGUCUAAAAUGAUCAACAUGCAAGUCCUAAGUGGUGACACACUGGUAUGACAGCACAGCAAUAUCAAAAAUAUGCUCUGAUCAAGUUGCUGUCAAUUGUGUUUGCUUAAAGAACUCAUUUUAAAACUUUAAUUUAUCACCACAUACGUUCAAAAAUUCUUUGAAAAUGCAUGGUAACAAUACUGCAGUUCAUAUGGACUUCACAAAGGCCAGAAUUUUCCUCAGGAAGCAGGUAUUACAGAUCUACCUCAGAUGUGGUGAUUUUCAUUUUUAGCAAUACAGAUGAAUUCCUGCUUCAGGGACGAAACUCAGCUGAGUCUUAACUAUGGAGCCAUGACCACUAUCUCCAUAAUAAAAUGGGAACAAUUAUCAUCUCGUACUCUCAGCUUCUGCAGACAUCAAGAUUGUUUUGUGCAAAGAAAAAAAUGAUUGUUAAUUUGCAUAAACUAUGCAAUUUUCUAAUAUCGACUGAUAUUCAGUGGUCGCACUCGUUCUGAAUCAAUAUAACACAGUUGGCAACAAGAAACAGAUUUUCCAGCUGUAAUAUAUACUGGUUAAUGAAGUAAUAGUAAUCAAACUUGAUCAUACUAAUGUUGAAAAAAAAUCAUAUUCAGAGCA